AUGUCACGUUCACCCCAGCAACCUAUUUCUUCGACACGAUCGGCAGAAUCCGAUGAUUCACGCAUCUAUCAAGCACUCAAGUACUUGUCACGACUUGCCGUAUGGGUCUACUUUCGCCAUGUCCAUGUCAUUAGCCGCAAACCGAUAAGCCCGACAGGUCCGCUCCUGAUUGCCGCCAACCACAUGAACAUGGUCCUCGAUCCAGCUGUUCUCAUUGCCACGUUUCCACAAAAGAGGCCUUGUCACUUUUGGGCCUUGGCGCGUUUCUUCAAGAUACCGAUAGCUGGCAAGGUGUUACAUGCAGCAGGUGUUCUCCCCGUGGAUACCAAGACCCAUAGCAACGCCAAAUUGUUUGAACAUACGUUACAGUGUCUUGAGCAUGGAGGUGUUAUUGCAUUAUUUCCAGAAGGUACAUCAUAUACGUUACCGCAUCAUUUACCUUUCAAGGAUGGAAUGUCAUGGGCAGCCUUUGAAUUUCUUUCUCAUCAACCUGAUAUCCCACUUACGGUGAUACCUGUCGGCAUUACUUAUACAACAAAGAACAAGUGGCGAAGUGAUGUCGUUGUCGAAUACGGAGAACCUAUUCGUGUUACAUCGCAUGACCUGGAACAGUUUAAGCUGAAUCCCAAACCUGCCGUCAAGGAUCUCACUGCAAAAAUCGCCCAUGGUGUCGAGCAAGGCACUAUCAAUAGCCCCGAUUGGGAUACUCUUCAUGCAGCUGCAGCCGCUCGGUUUAUUCUCUUUGAUACUACAAAGCUUGAGGAUUAUGUACGGGUAUCACAAAGCUUGAUCCAUGUACUUCGACCCUCAGAAGAGAACAAGGAUACUCCCAAUGAGCUCAAGGAUCGACUAUUGACGUUUUCCAAGAAUUUGCGAUUAUUGCGACUAAGUCCUCAGGAUAUCAGCAUGUAUGAGAAGCAAGAAAUCACGUUAUCACGGGCUGUAGUAAGAUUGGCAUCGACGUGGACAGCAUUGGCAGUGCAAAUACCCUUGUUUUUACCCGGCAUCAUGAUCAAUUGGCCCAUUUACUUGUUUGGUCGUCUUGCAGAGCGAUACGAGCAAUACACAGAAUCAGUCGCACAGAGCAAGCUGGUGUUUUCAGUGGUGAUUGGCGUGCCUUUAUACAUUACUCUCUCCUAUCAAGUAUGGAAGUACCUUGAUUACACAUUGAUGGGUCUGCUACUUGCAAUGUUGUUGAUCCCAUUGCUGGCUUGGUAUCACAUGGCAUUGGUGGAUAAACGUUACGACAUGCUGAAACAGGUGGUGGCAUCAUGGCGUAUUUGUGUUGCAGUCAUUUCAGGAGCUAUUGGAUUGGAUGCUCUUCCACGACAAGAGCUAGAGGAUGCUGUACAUUUGAGACGAUGGUGUCGUGCACAGAUGAUUGAAGAGUUGCGUACCAAGGCAAAGAUGGGUGAUUCUCAUGCACAGUAUCUCGCACAAUUCAUUCCUGAUCAGCAGUAA